GUCAAAAUGACAAUAUCGCGCUUAACAUUAUUUUUGGUUCUACUCUAUAUCUUUAUAGAUUCUUCCAAUUCUGAAGAAACAUGUACGCCUUAUGGACAUGAGCGGUAUUCUUCAUUUAUAAAUAUUGGUAAUAACUAUUACAACAUUCCUCAUGAUAAUAAGACUAAUUGGUUCAAAGCACGUGAAAUAUGUCAGUCGAUGGGAGCUGAUUUGGCUACAAUAACGGAUGAUGGUCAACUUACUGCAAUAUCAAAUCAUUUGAUGUCUUUAGGGUAUGGGGCAAAUGAUUGGUUUUGGACAGCUGGUAACGAUUUAGCUGAGGAUAAUAAUUUCCAUUGGGUUAGUAAUGGUGAAAGAAUGACAUUUACGAAAUGGUCUGCAGGACAGCCAUUUGGUGGUGAGAUUGAAGACUGUGUGCACUUGUGGUUACGUGAAGGACAAUUUAAAAUGAAUGAUUGGAUAUGUAAGGGUGGAAAUGCUUAUUAUAUAUGUCAAGCUCCUAUACCUAAAACUGUUUGCGUAUGGUGAUAAUUUAAAGUUGUCAUUAAACAAUGGAAAUAAAAUAUAAUUGUGAAAUA